CGAGCGUCGAGCAACAUGCAGCCGUGGCAGGUCCGGGCGCUCGUGCUAUUGCUGACGGGCGCGCUCAACGUCGGCAACUCGUACUGCUACGACAACCCGUCGGCGCUCAAGAACCAGCUCCAGGACCGCUUCCAUGCCAUGCCCUGGCACGAGUACGAAAUGUACUUCAACCUUCUCUACAGCGUCUACUCGAUGCCCAACAUCAUUUUGCCCUUCUUUGGUGGCUACCUCACCGAUCGCUUUGGGCCACGCCGCGUGCUGCUGCUCAUGACGUCAUUCAUUACGCUCGGCCAAGUCAUCUUUGCGCUCGGCAACCAAUGGCGCAGCUUCCCGCUCAUGCUCGCGGGCCGUGUGGUCUUUGGCCUCGGCGGCGAAACCAUAUCGGUGGCCCAAGCCACCUUGCUCGCGCUGUGGUUUCCCAGCAACGAACUUGCGUUCACGAAUGGCGUGCUCUUGUGCAUAUCCAAACUCGCCUCGACGCUCAAUAACGCGCUGAGCCCGCUUCUGGCCGAGACGUUUGGCUUGACGAGUGCGCUCUGGGUCGGCGCGGCGCUCUGCGGUCUCUCGCUGGGCGCGACGCUCGUGCUGGCGCCCAUUGACGCCACCGCGCAAGCCCAGAUCGACGACGAGGUGUUGUCGCCGGACGAACGCGCGGCCGAGCUCGAGCUCAAGCGCCACCUUCGCCCGUCCGACGUCCGGGACUUCAGUAUGGCCUACUGGCUUGUCGUGCUCCUCUUCUUUGUGAUCUAUGUGAUCGUGGGCCCGUUCAACAACGUCGCCAGCAGUGUUUUUAUGGAGCGCGACUACUACAAGGCCCUCCCGACCGAGUGCAAGCGUUGCGGCCUCGGCGCGUACGCUGGCGACAACAACUGCUCGAGUUUGCCGCCGGCCUGUCCGCCGUCGCCGCCAUUCGCACACCCGCUGCCGCUCCUCUCGCUCUCGUGCAUGGAGGCCACCGACCAAGCAAGCUGUCGCCAGAUUCCGCCAUACGUCUCGGCCGUCGAUAUCAACUGCGACAGCGAUGUGUGGAAGCACGGGCCAUCGACACAAGCCUAUUGCGCGGCCAAGUACUCGGCCGAACAAGCCGCGGCCGGGCCCUUGAGCGUCGGUCCGUUCGCCAUCGCCGUGUCGGCCCCGCUCUUUGGCUACCUCGUCGACAAGGUCGGGUACCGCACGUUCAUUGCGCUCGGAAGUAUGGCCGCGUGCUUACUCGCACAGACGCUCCUCGGAUUCACCAGCGUUUCGCUGUACGUUCCUGUCGUGCUGCAAGCGGCGGCGCUCUCCAUCUUCUCCGCAGCCAUGUGGCCUGCUCUCUCGUGCUGUGUCGAGCCGCAUCACGUGGGCACAGCGUACGGCGUUGCCUCGGCCUUUCUGAAUGUCGGGUUGGCAAUCGUACCGAUGUUUGUGGUCGUCGAGUACAGCAUCCUGCACGUGUACCAGCCGUACCUCAACGUCCUCUUCAUGGGCCUGGCGCUGCUCGGCAUGGGACUCGCUGCAAUGCUCGUCUACGUCGACUUUACGAAGCACUGUGGGCACCUCCAUGGGCGAGACAUGGCUCCUCUGGCCUCGAUGACGGCAGUGCCUACGCCGCUUGACGCGACCGAGCGCCAAGAGCUCCUCGACCGACCGCAUAUUCAGUCGUACGGCACGCAGGCCGCUAGCUAACGCGCUAAGCACCUCUAGAGAUCCAUGGUGCUGUGGUUGAUGGCAUCAUGAUUGGACUAUCGC